ACCACUCUGGAAACCCCGCCCAGGCAACGGCAGCAUUGAAAUUCACUGGGAAUCUGUAACUCACCUUGCUGGCCGCUCAGCGAAAUACUGUGUGAUAAUAUUUUUCUAAUAAACCGAAGGAAUCAAGAACCGGCUACAAAAUAUGGGUUGGAAAUUGUGGUGUUUGGUACUCUUGAUUUGUUUCCUCGUGCGAGCACUACAUGCGGCGGCGGAGUGCAGGGGCCGGCAAUUCCAGUGCCGCAGCGGGGACUGCAUCCCGAUGAACUGGCUGUGCGACGGUGCGGAGGAGUGCGAGGACGGCAGCGACGAGGACAGCGCCACCUGCUUGGCCAAGACAUGUGGACCUGAUGAAUUCAGCUGUGGGGGCCGAUUGAACCAGUGCGUCCCCGCCAAGUGGCACUGUGACGACAAGGUGGACUGUGAGAAUGGGGCCGACGAGGAGGACUGCGGCCCAAAAACCUGCCGGGUGGACGAGUUCCUGUGCACAAAUGGGAACUGCAUCGCCGAGGGCUUCGUGUGCGACGGAGACGCCGACUGCGAGGACGGCAGCGACGAGGCUGCCUGCGCCCCCCCCACCUGCAAGUCCGGAAGCUUCCAGUGCGACGACGGCAAGUGCCUGCCCUACAUCUGGACCUGCGACGGAGAUCACGACUGCAGCGACGGCUCCGACGAGACUGUCUCGCUGUGCGGCCGCCGGCCCACACCCGCUGGGCCCUGCUCCUUCCUCGAGUUCCAGUGCGCCAGUGGACACUGCAUCCAUGCCAGCUGGCAGUGCGACGGGGGUCACGACUGCGCAGACGGUUCCGACGAACUCAAUUGCACCAAGCCCACCUGCCGCCCGGACGAGUUCCAGUGUGGCGACGGCACUUGCAUCCAUGGCAGCCUGCAGUGUAACAGCGAGCAGAACUGCAAGGACCUCAGUGAUGAGCUGGGCUGUGUUCAAGAUACCCACUGUGAGGGCUCCGGAAGGUUCCGGUGUCGUAGUGGGGAAUGCGUCAGUUUGCAGAAGGUGUGCAACAAGGUCAGAGAUUGCAGGGACUGGUCUGACGAGCCCAUUAAGGAGUGCGGCCUGAACGAGUGCCAAGACGGUAACGGAGGUUGCUCCCACAUCUGCCAUGACCUGGUGAUCGGAUAUGAGUGCCUGUGUCCUGCAGGCUUCUACCUGCUGCACGGGAAGCAGUGUGAAGAUGUGAACGAAUGUGCCGACCCCGAAACCUGCGACCAGAUCUGCGUCAACCUACAGGGAAGCUUCAAGUGUGAAUGUGAGGAAGGAUACUGGCUGGACCCGGUCAGCAAGGCCUGCAAGGUGGCUUCUGGCACCGUGCCGUACCUGUUCUUCACCAACCGCCACGAGGUGAGGAAGAUGACACUGGACAGCAGGGAGUACACGCGCUUCAUUCCACAGCUGAAGAACGUGGUGGCCCUGGAUGCCGAGUUCCCAACCAGCAGGAUCUACUGGUCUGACCUCUUCCAGAAGAAGAUUUACAGAACAGACAUGGAGUCGGCCGCUAACCCCUCCAGCCACCACGCCGUCAUCGACAACGGCAUCGGGGCUCCGGAGGGACUGGCCGUUGACUGGGUCCACGGUAACAUCUACUGGACAGACAGCGUGUACGGCACCAUCUCCGUGGCAACCUCUGACGGGGUCCGACGCAAGACGCUCAUUAUGCACGGCCUGGUCAAGCCCCGAGCCAUUGUGGUCGACCCAGAACGCAACUACAUGUACUGGACAGACUGGGGAACCCCAGCCAAGAUCGAGAAGGGGGGGCUGAACGGAGCCGACCGCACCGCCCUGGUGACGGAAAGCAUCGAAUGGCCCAAUGGCAUCACACUAGACUUGCUGAACCAGCGCCUCUACUGGGUGGAUUCGAAGAUGCACACCCUCUCCAGCGUCGAUAUCAACGGAGGCACCCGGCACACGCUAAUCAUCGACGAGCACAAGCUGCUGCACCCCAUCUCCCUCGCCGUCUUCGAGGAGAAAGUGUUCUGGACCGACGUCGGCAGCAACUCCAUCUUCAGUGCUAACCGCUUGACAGGACAUGACAUCACCGCAGUUGCUCAGAAUCUAGUCUCGCCCGAGGAUAUCGUGCUGUAUCACAACCUGAAGCAGCCAGCAGGCAGGAACUGGUGCAAUGACAGCAAGCUCCCUAAUGGAGGCUGUGAGUUUUUGUGCCUCCCGGCACCACAGAUCAACGGCCGUUCCCCAAAGUACACCUGCGCCUGCGCAGACGGUGCAGCUCUGGGUCCAGACAUGAAGAAGUGCCUGCCAGCAGCUCCGAAGACUCCAGUGCCUCCCGCCAAGUCCGCCGACCCUACUCGAGGACCGCUGAGGACUACGCGCAGACCGUCAACUCAAAGCAUCGCCAUGACGACCUCCACCACCACCACCACAGGCUCCCCCCCCCGCACCGCUGGGCCAGACAGGAACAAGAACCUCCAGUCAACCUCCGGGCUGGAGUUCACUCCACAGGGAGGUAACCAUAAUGAAUUAGCCGCCGUGCCGAAAGAGUCCGACUCAUCUCAGACCGCUGUUUACGUCAUACUGCCCAUAGCGAUCAUCUGCCUGCUGGCUUUUGGCGCCGGUUUUCUAUGGAGGAACUGGAAGCUGAGGAACACCAUCAGCAUCAGCUUCACCAACCCCGUCUACCAGAAGACCAUGGAGGACCAGGUGCACAUAUGCAGGACAGACAGUGAGGAGGGCUUCAUCUACCCAUCGCAGCAGAUGGUGAAUCUAGAUGAAGAUGUAAUGGCAUGAUGGCCUCCCAAAGGAGCUUCAAUUAUUCAGGAGUCACUGCCUCAGAUGCUCUUAGAGGCCGACCAUCCAGCCUUAAAACACAAGGAAGCCUUGGGAAAUAAGCACCCCCCCCCCCCCUACAAAAUGGAGAGGGAGCAUAAGGAGAGUGGGGAAAAAGUUCUGGUGACCACAUUGAACCAACGUUGAAUUUUCCGCCGGGUUUGAAGUUUACAGAAGACUUGUUCAUAUCGUGCCUGGACCGACUUUUCAGCUGUGAUUGCGGGACUGGAACUGAUGAAUGAUCCAACUACAAUAGACAGACACUGAAAAACGGCAGCGUGACAACGAUUCACCUCAUGAGAGUCCGUAAGGGCUGACUGUAGUGCAACAAGCGAACAUCACUAUGUAUGCAUGUGUGUGUGCGUGUGUAUACUGUGUUUCUUUGUCACGACAAUUGACCCCAAAUCCUUAACUACUGCACUUGUCAUAUUUUGCACUAUUUUGAUUAGUCCCUAAGACCCUAACCAGGUUUUAAGAUGGAUGGAUGGAUGUAUGUUUCUAUUAUUUAAAGAAUGUAUUUUUUUGCAAUAUGGACCAUAUAUUCAUAUCUAUACAACUGAAGACCUCUGUAAAAGUCAUCCAGCUCAGGUACAAGCUUAGCUUGCCUGGCUUGGCAGCAAGUAUGUAAACUAACAUCGAGCGAUUGGUCCUGCAGAGCUCGACCUCUAUGGGGCAUGUUGUGCCUUGAUCAUAUUGCCUGUGUAAAUAUCCCUCGAUGCUCUUGACAGGAGACAUCCCCAGUAACACGCAUGCAAAACCCGUCUAGCCAUACCCUCCUUGCUCUUAUAUAUGUGUAACUAACUUCUCAGGAUCAGAAAGCCAGCGUCUUUUUUUUCCUAUUCCUAUUUAUUGCUGAUUUCUAUCGCUCGAAAAACACCGCAGCCGGCUAACUCUUUAGCAUCUUUAGCAAAUGAUGCACACCUAUGGUUCAAAACCCGGCCAUGAAAGGCAUGUAACUGGGGCACAUAUCCUAUAACAUACUGGACCCUAAAAUACCUGAGCCUGCCAUCCAUGCACGGUUUUUGGCCUCUUAAAGCUCUUAAAGACACCCUCCAUAUGUAACUUCAGUUCCUUUUUUUAGGUAUCAAAUGUAAACUGUAAAAUGCUUGUGUAUAUAUGCAUUAUGUAUUUAGGACCGGUGUAAAUACUGUUUUUGUACAUCCUUUUUGUUAACCAUAUUUGUCUAUAGUUUUCAGAUCUGUAUGAUAACAAAUUAUUUGUCGGGAAUUCAUUUUUUAACUUUUUUUUUUUCGUUUAUUCUCACUUAACUAUAAUUGGUUUGUAUUGUCUCUUGCUUUAUAUUUGUAAAUUUGGAAAUAUAUUAAAAACGAACUCUGUGCUGAUGUAUAGCAAAGUAACUUUCAGCUCUCAGCAGUUGUGUUGUUAAAAUGUGAGAACACUAUUUAUUGGUUGUGGAUGUUUUUAGACGAUUUUCGGUUCUGUGGUUUUAUUUUCCGUUUAAUAAUAAAGUUUUUGACCAUAUAAUUAAAUCCUCUUUCAUGUGAAUUACAGCCAGGGAAAUUUCUGUACACGGUGAAUUAGUCUUAAUAUUGUGAAAUUACCAAAACAUUUACUACUUUGGGCUCCUGAGCCUUACUGAGGUUUUUAAAAGGCUGUAUAUCAACAUUACAUCUAUAAGUCAUUCAACAGACAGUCAUCUGUUAUCCUUACUAAGUAGAUUUUAAAUUCAAGGUAAUGGGCGUAAUUUAACAAAUAUGUAUUUGGGAUCGUAAAAAAACAAUUACAAUUAGAAUUGGCAUUAAUAAUACAUUCAUACAUAAUACAUAGUAAAAAUAUGUAUUUAUGCUGCCAAUAAACAUGCAUUUGCUGUACAAA